GUUCGCGGAGUUGGCAAAAAUGAGGGCAUCGUCUGUCAUUGAACAUAUUUACUAAUCUAGGAUGUCUUCCAGUGUUGUUGCGAUUUUAGGAAAAUUUGUCUGCUUCUUUUUCUACUCCAUUGCAAUUUAAUCCAGGUGUAGAAUACAAUUAUGGCUGUUUAAGAAGAAACCUUGUGAUGGCUGCCCUAUCAUGGGCAUCCAUUAAUCUGGCUGGUAUCCAGCUACAGAUCCAGGCAGCUUUAAUUGUAGUCAAAUGUUGUCCAGGUAACAAGUCUCAGCAUUAAGGGCAAAGAAAAGAAAGGUGUCAAGGUUGCAGAGAAAAUUAACUUUGCCUUAUUGAUAUAAAAUAUUAAGACAGUAAAUACACUAGAGUGAACUAAGAGAAAAAUAAAUAUUGUAUAAAAUCUUAAAAGAUUUAUGAAGACACCUGCAGAAUGCCAGGAUAUGAGCCAGAAUGUGGCCCAAAAUGUCGGUCGCGACAACAUGCCCUGGAGUUUCUCUGCGCUGUUACGAAGGGAAACCUACAGGAGGUCCAGGCAUAUAGCAAGUUGUGUUACUCUGCCACUCAGUUCUGCGACAGUUAUGGACGAUGGCCGCUCCAUGUUGCUGCUGCCUGUGGUAAAAUAGACAUCGCAGAAUGGUUGUUAAAUGAAAAGCAUGGAGAUCUCACAUCCAAAGACAUGGAGUCAGGCUGGACAGCUUUACACAGGGCUGCAUUCUAUGGACAUCUCGCUACCAUGCGACUCCUUAUCCAGUACAACAGUGACAUGUACACGAGAGACAAUGAGGGACUAGGACCACUCGACCUGCUGUCCAAAGAUCGACCAGUUUAUGUUUCCUUUUCAUCCACAGAUCCAACUGAAACUUUCACAUGGGGAGAUAAUUCCAACAUCACCCUUGGACAUUCUAGUGAAAACCGUCGGACCUAUCCAGAAGCUGUGGAGAUUUUCAGAAAGCAAAAUAUUAGUGUAAAAAAUGUGGUUCUGUGUAAGUAUCACACAGUGUUCCUGACAGUGACGGGUCAGGUAUACAGCUGUGGUCACGGCCAUGGAGGGCGACUCGGCCAUGGGGAUGAGGAAACGUGUGUGGUACCAAGACUUGUGGAAGCUGUCAAGGAUGAAGUUUGUACACAAGUAGCAGCAGGACAAGACCACACCGUCCUUCUGAUGCAAAGUGGUGCUGUGUACAGUUGUGGAAUGAAUGACAACCACCAGCUAGGACAGUUCCCAAUGCCUUCUACUGGGAAAAGUUUGAUUCCCAAGCAGGUCUCAAACAAGAGUCACAAGAGUAAGACGAUCCUGAGUGUGUGUGCUGGUCGCUUCCACACUGCCAUGUUUACCUCAGAUUCUGUUUUCACUUUUGGACUUAAUGCAGGACAACUUGGUCACUCCAAGGGUACAGAGAAGCAGAGCCAGCCCAGGCUGGUGGCCGCCCUCAAUCACAGUGACAUGGUGAUAAGUCUAGCAGCAAGUUCUGAUGCUGCCAUCGUUAUUCUGACAGGCAAGGGUGACCUGUAUGUCAUACACGAGUACCAGUGUAGGAAAAUAGCCUCCAAGUUACAAGAGGUCACUAAAUUGUUAAUAUCCGGAGGGAACCUUGACCACAACACUGACCUGGACAUCAUCAGGGAAGAGGGAGGAUCUGAACUAGUGGUGGUUCUGCUCAGUGAAUCUGGCUCUGUGUUGAUAUGGCGAGCAUCACUACCCAAGCUGAGGCAAUGCCAGUGGCGCAUACGUCGUCAGCUCAUUGUAAAGGAUGUGAGUCUCAGCAGGUCUACCAUAGGGAUCAUCACAGAGAAGGGUGAGGGCUUCCUGGGUACUAUCACAGCCGCAAAGCCAAAUAGUUCUAAAGACACCACUCAACAACAUGGCAAGACUAAAGGUGAGCGAGGUCGUGGCCAUGGUGACCACCGUCCUGAUGAGUUUAGUAUGAGCCUGCUGGACCUGAUGCUGAAGGAUGGAGAUGAGGAGGUUCAGGUUCACAGGAUCCCACAAAUCCAUCGUGGACUCUUCAUCCAGACUGACAUCAAAGGACGUAACUACGCUGUGCAGCAGGCACUGGUCAAUCUGUGUGUUACAGAUGUUCCUUGUGUCAGCAGUUCUACGUUCAUAGAGGACUUCACUCAACUUCUGGAUGAGGCAGACGAGUAUGAUGUGAUCCAUGACAUUGUUAUACAGGCAGGUGGGCAUACAUGGCCAGCCCAUAAGUACAUCCUACUUAGCAGGAGUGACUACUUCCACAAACUUCUGGCCGAGUCCAAAAAGAAAGAUUCAUUAACUGAUCAUCAGGUUAUCUAUAUUGAUGAUAUACACCCAGAUAUAUUUGAGCAAUUACUGACCUUCCUGUAUACUGACACCUGCAGCCUCCUUACCCCGGGGACAAAGUUUGACCUGAGUCCAUGGACACCCCCUCCUCAGGGUCAGGGGGACGGGUUUGACAGGAAUGAGGUGGAGAAGGGAGACAGUCCUGAUAUUUUCUUCUCCAAAUCUGGGAAAGAGUUGUCAGCAUUUGAGGUUCGUCAGAAAAUGAAGAGUGCCAGUAAAGAGAUCAAAGAUAAUGGCAACAAGGCCAGAACUAAGAACCCUGUCAAAAUGCUGAUGGAUGCUGCCAAGAAAUUUGGAGUUAAAGGAUUGGGGAAGAGACUGGAGACAGUGAAGUAUGUGAAUGGAGGAAUUGAGCUGGCCAAGAAACAUUCCACUGUACCAAAGAUGAAGUUUGACAGACACAAGUUAUGUGAUCUGUAUGAUGUUAGUAUCCAAUCAGACAGUGACACAGUGAUCCACUGUCACAAGUGUGUGUUAGUGGCCAGACUGGAGUACUUCCACAGCAUGCUAGGCAGUGGCUGGGUCGAGACAUCCAACACAAAAUCUCUCUCUCUACCUGUUUCUGGCGACAUACUGGUGAUACUCGUAGACUUUCUGUACACAGACUCCUCUGUUAAAGUGGAAGAGUGCGUCAACGCUGAGUUCCUGUGUAACAUCCUGGUGUCAGCUGACCAGUUGUUGAUUAGCAGACUAAAGGAGAUAUGUGAGGUGUCCAUCACCACACUCAUUAACCUGAAGAACGUGUCGGAGAUCCUAGAGUUUUCCUGUGUUUACAAUGCACAUCAACUGCGGGCUGCCUGUCAGGAGUUCAUCGUCAUCAACCUGGCCGCCAUGUUUGAGGGCAGACACCUUGAUGUAUUGAGUGACGAUGUCUUGGCUGGUCUGACCACCUACUACCACAAAAAGACCGAAGCAAUGUCCCGGCGUAUAGUUACACCGUACUUUGACGGGCCUAGUAAGAAUUUUCUGGAAUCUCUGGUAGUAGACAUGGACAGAGAAGGCCCUACGCCUUCUAGUGAAGGCAGUCACAAGAAAAACAAGUCAAAGAAGAGGAGAAGCCGUCAGAAAAGCUUGAGUGAGGAAUUUGAAAAGUCAGCACAGAUCACCCCACACAAACGGGAUCGACAGAUCUCAGUCAGCUCAGAUACCAGUGUUAGGUCUGAGGAGGAAAGCUUAGAUAACAUCCUUAACUUACUUGCUACUAGUCCUGACAACACUGAAGCUGUACAGAGUCCAGUGGAAGAUAGCAAAACCGAAAAACAUUUGAACGAGAAGAUGUUGCCAAGGGAAGAAGCAUUACCAAGGAAGAACAAAUCUAGAUUCAAGAAUACCCAGAAACCACUAACAAUCAGCCUGACCUCAAGGUCACAUGAUCCCUUACCUGUGACCUCUACCACCUCUGUGACUUCCCCAGCGGCAGUGCAGCCAGUGGUGGUGGCCUGGCAGAAAUCUCCUACUCCACAGAAAUCUCCUACUCCACAGAAAUCUCCUACUCCACAGAAAAUCACCACUCCUAGUGUACUUCCUGUCUCGACCACGGAUAUGAUAAGCCCCAGAGUUUCAAGUGCUGGACUCAGUCUUAGAGAGAUCAUGGAGGAAGAAAACAGGAGGAUUAAAAGUCCAAUCAAGAGCAGCUCCAAGUUUUCCUGGAAGGAAGCCAAGAAACACCAGAAAGCUGUGGCCGUGAGCAGUAGUAGUCAGCCACCGGUGGGAAGUAAUGAAACGGAGCCCCAAACCAGCCCCACCCCCAACAAACCAGCAUGUCCAUGGGGUGAUGUGAACACCACAGUAAAACCGUUCAGAGAUCUGAUGUCCGAGGAUAGCUCUAGUGUAGUCAAAAAAUCCUCACCAUCAAAACAGACCAUCCAAACAAAUCCUGUACCGCACAAGGGAUCAAAACCAAAACCCACAGUCAGUUGGGGAAUACCAACAGGUCGUGUACGAAAUGAGGGCUCGCUGAGUGACCCCAUAACGGAGGAGCCUUUGAGUCCCAGGAGCCUGGACAACCCCUGGACUAAAAGAGUCAUCGCCAGCCCCUCCCCUGGGGAUUCUGUGAGCUUCACUGACAUUGUCAAGGAUGAAGAGCAGCGGUUUGAGACCCUGGCUAAGCUGGCCAGGAAACCCCUCGGCUUGAUCCAGAUAGAGGAACAGGCUAUACAGGAGCUUUUGGUGUACUACCGGGCUGCCGACAACUUUAACGAACAGAUUACAGUGGAAAGGGUCGUGCAGCAAAUGGCAACACCGUUAUGGAAAAAGUCGUAAAGCAAAUAUCUGAUCAAUACUGUGAACAAACAUAUUUUAGCAGUAUUCUAAUUUUGGCCCUUUUCUGGCUUUCAAUAUUGCGCUAAAUUAUGGUUGCACUAAUUCACAUUGAAGUUUCUAUAUGUAGUUUCCUAUUGCGUAUAUUGUGAGAGUGCCAAUUCACCAAUUUGCUAAAUUGAUUGAAAUUCAAUAAUAUGCUAAAAUCCACUCAAAAAGUAUGUUACAGUAAUUCAGAUCAUAUUAAAAAACGUGUUACAAGACGACUGCCACUUAAAACCUUGUGUUAUAUAUCUUAAACAAAACAAUUAAGAUACAUAGAAUAGACAAAGGUAAAUAGUAGAGGUGAAAUUAACUGAUACAUAGAAUAGACAAAGGUAAAGAGUAGAGGUGAAAUUAACUUGAUUAUGUACAUUAUAAUUGGUAGGAUUGUAACCAUUUACAGAGCUGAUGUGGUGUUGGAAUACAUGAAAAAAGUGUUCAAUGGUAACCAGAAAAGAUUACUUCAUAGUUCAUUUACACUGUGUAAAUAUUUAGAUCAUCACAUGUUUAUCAAUUUAGAAAAAAGUACACAAGCAAUGAAAAUUAGCAUAAAGGUAUGUGUAACAUCUGUUUAUAGUGCUAUAGUGAGUUGUUGAUGGUGCUACCAGUAAUCUUAGAAGUUAUUGAGUCAAUCUUACAUUUUGUUAAAAGUGCUGUAAUGAAUUUUUACGAGAAAGUUAUUACAACAUGAACAAAUAAUGUGGUGUUAUGUACUGAUUUUUAAAACCAAUCUUUGUCUUUCCAGUAGAUAGCCAUGUGUUCUCUUUUUAUGAAGCAAAUUGAUUGAAAUUUGCUGCUUUACUGGCUCAUGGUAUUUCAUUAAGUAAGAUGACUCGUUUCUUGAAUGUGUGUAUUAUUGGUGUACAUGUGUGUGUGUGUAUUAUUGGCUUCCUGAGUGUGUGUA